UACUCUCUAUCUCCUUCUCUUACUCCUGUCUGCCUGCAAAACUCCCCAACCAUUGUCUGGUUGUAUUGGUUGGUUUGGCCUGCUCUCAUCUUUUGGUUUCGUUGGAUUGAUUUCCCCACCGAGUAUCGCCGAGUUUUCCUCUCACUCUCAAUCCUGCGUGAAACCGAAUAGUUUGGGUGGUUGGCUUCACGGUAAAUGGAUGUAUUCGGUGUGUGAAGAAGCGGAAUUUCCUGUGGAACUCGAGUUUUUUCUUUGUGGAAUUUAAAACAACUCCUCGGGAAAUGGACCCCAAAGCGCUGUUCACAUCGUUCAAUUGCUUGUGAUUUGCUUGGAGUAUUUCCUGCGAUAUCUCUUGUUUGAGUCACAGUUCCCCAGGCCAUCGUUGAACACCAGGCCAAGAGAUACUACGAAACCUAAAGGUUCACAAUUUACCCCAGAGUACCUGACUAACUACGCAAUGUCUACAUUGAGAAUGACCCCACCUUCUGCAGGUAUGGAGUACACCGAGUGGAGUGAGGUUGAUACCACAGCAAUGACUAACACUACAAUAAACAUGGAUACAGAAUCUACAUCAGGUCAAAGAGAUUUAGCGCGAACCAUACAAAUCAUCAGCUUGUGGGUAAUGUUUGGAUUUGGUGUCUUAGGAAAUACUAUGGUCAUGAUAUGGAUGCACCUGAAUCGCAGAAGAAAAUCUCGGGUGAACACCAUCGUCCUCGGAAUAGCGAGUGCGGAUAUGUCAGUUUGUUUCUUCUCAAUCCUCCCUACGGCUCUCAUAGUGAUGUCCCCUACAUGGGAAGCAGGGAAUUUCAUGUGUAAGCUUGUAAUGUACCUGCAAGGUGCAUCCCUCAUAUCAUCGGCUAACAUGCUGGCCCUCAUGGCUAUCGAUCGACAUCAAGCUGUCCUACAACCCCUCAAAGAAUUCUUCAUUGCCUGGAAACUGGUGGUAAUAUCUUGGGGAAUAGCAGGCAUCUUGGCCCUUCCACAGUUCUACGUCUGGGAAGAGAUGAUUCGCAGAGGCAAACCCCGAUGUGGAUCGUUGUUUCGAACACUCCCAGCUUGGCACCGUAUGGCAUACAUCGUGUACAUUGCAGUCAUCACCUUUCUCAUACCGUUCCUUGUCAUUACAUUUGCAUACCUACGCAUAUCAAAGAAGAUAUGGGACAAGGCCCAUGAGACAUCCGGCAAACGAUCAAAAAGAGCUAGCAAGAAGAACAAAAUCGAAUUGAAUCGCAAUGCCUCUGGUACUACUCUUACCAAAGCAAAAAGCAAGACACUAAAGAUGAGUGUUGUUAUUAUUUUCUUUUUUGUUCUCUGUGGAGCGCCUUACUUCGUAGUUGAAAUGUUAGCCACUUUUAGAUCUAAUCCGAUUAAUGGGGUAGUAAAUGCCUUCUUUGGCUUGUUUGCUGUGGCGAAUUCCGCCACAAAUCCGUACAUUUUCUUGUACUUUAACACAUCGCAAAGGUGUUGGAAAGAAUUUCGCCUGACAGUGAACCGUUUUUUAUGCUGCUGUGCGCGAGGGAAUAAUGAAGGAGGUUAUUAUAACCGAUACUCAGUCCGCUUUUCCUCUUCAAACUCGCGCACGGAAUUCACGAAGAUACAUGGCGAGUCCUCGAUGAUCACACGCGUAACUGAGGCGCCCUCUACGAGGGUUAUACCCGUUAGCAAGGAUCGUGAUGGUCAUGGUGGUCUUGGAAGGACUGAGUGAAUGGGUGAGAUGCUAUGGAUAGUCCAUACACAUGAUAGGAGGCUGUACAUCGAGCCAAAAAUAUAUAUCAAGUGAUAAAAAAGAUCCAGCAAAUGUUAGUGCAAUGUUUGUAGUACAAUAAGCCAGUUCGUAGUUCCUUUCUGCGCAUGAUCAA